AUGUUCUGGAACUGGUUCCAACUACGAAAAAGGCCUCAUGAAGUCGCUCCCGACACGCCGAAAUGGUCGUCGAGACGUUUCUCAUGCUCAUCUUUCAAAGACGUUCACAACCUAUUUCUCUACGACAACGACGUUCCCUCGCCAGAACUUCAAGUCCUUCACCAGCCAAGGAACCCCAAGAUCGACCGUUGCACCUCAAGAACUCCCCGUCUGACGACAAAGACGCUCUUCUCCACCGACCACGGAGGCGUGGUUCUCUACUACACCAGCCUUCGUAUCGUACGCAAAACAUUCGAGGAGUGCAGAGCCGUCCGAGCCAUCCUCCACAGGCUCCGCAUCCCAAUCGACGAGCGAGACUUAACGAUGGACUCAAGGUUUCACGACGAGCUGCAUGCGAUAUUCGGGACCAAGAACGUGGAGUUGCCUAAGGUUUUCAUCGGUGGGAGAUACAUUGGAGGGGCGGAGGAGAUCAAGAAGUUAAAUGAGAGCGGCGAGCUGAGGAAGAUGAUCGGAGAACUACCACCGUCGGAUGGAAGAUUCAGUGAGAACUGUGAGUUAUGCGGAGGAUGGAGGUUCGUUGUUUGCGAGAGAUGUAAUGGUAGCCACAAGAUCUUCUUGGAGGAAACUGGAUUUGUAAAUUGUACGGUUUGCAGUGUGGAAGGUCUUGUUAGGUGUUCCUCUUGUUUUCCGAUACAUCGGACUAUCGGAGACGGAGCUAUGACAUCUCCGGUAGAUUUAAAGUAA